AUGAAAUCCCCUUCGACUCUCAUAUUCCUACUGGCUCUGAUAUCAGCAAGAGCCACUCGCGCCAGCAUUAUCACCAGACACUGCGAAUGCCAGUCCCCUCUCAGCAAACUGAAGGAUCUUUCGGAGGCGGACAUCGACGCUAUGCUCAGCGGCACGCUUGCCUUUCCAAAGGAUAACUCUACCACUGCCACCUGCUGUAGUGAGGUCGAUCCGGCAGGUAGCGUCAACGGACCCGGCGAUAAAUUCGAGAGUGUGUGUUCAGUUCAGAAAGACCUCAUGGCGGGCACCAGCAACGCCGCGGUUCAGUUCUUGAUCUGCUGCUAUUUUAGGAAGGGCAUGAUUGGGGAUUGCUACGAUUGA